AUGGCCAGAUAUAACUGCUCGUCUCCAAACAUCUCACCAUCUGUGGCCGAUACAUCAGGGUGUUACCACAGUGUUGUAUGCAACCACAGCUCUACCUUGAAGGUUGAUUUCAGCACAGAGCUGGAGGACAUGUGUCUGAGCCAAGAAGAGUAUCUGGAGAAGUAUCUUGGUCCACGGCGCUCCUCUGUUUUUCUGCCUGUGUGCAUCACCUACCUGCUCAUCUUUCUGGUGGGGGCAGUGGGAAAUGUGCUGACCUGCACGGUUAUUGUGCGUAAUAAGGUGAUGCGCACGCCCACAAACUACUACCUGUUCAGCCUUGCCGUGUCCGACCUACUGGUGCUGCUCCUGGGCAUGCCUCUGGAGCUGUACGAGAUGUGGAGCAACUACCCCUUCCUCCUUGGCAAGGGCGGGUGCUACUUCAAGACCUUCCUGUUUGAAACAGUCUGCUUUGCCUCCAUCCUCAACGUGACAGCCCUCAGUGUGGAGCGGUACAUUGCUGUGGUGCACCCGCUGAAGGCCAAAUACGUGGUGACUAGGACCCACGCCAAGCGAGUGAUCGUGAGCAUCUGGGCACUCUCGGUGCUCUGCGCUAUCCCAAACACCAGCCUGCAUGGGAUCCUCUCCCUCCCCUCCAGCUCCGGCCAUGAGAUUCCCGAGUCAGCAAUCUGCACACUGGUCAAGCCCCGCUGGAUGUACAACCUUAUCAUCCAGAUUACGACCUUACUCUUCUUCCUGUUGCCCAUGCUGACCAUCAGCGUCCUCUACUUGCUCAUUGGUCUGCAGCUGAAGCGUGAGAGGCUGCUGCAGGUGCUGGAGGCGAAGUCGGGCUUGAGCCAGGACAGCUACUGCAAUGUGCGCAGCCAGCAACAGAAAGUACGCCGCCGCCAGGUCACCAAAAUGCUCUUUGUGCUGGUGGUAGUGUUUGGGAUCUGCUGGGCCCCCUUCCACACAGACCGCCUGAUGUGGAGCUUCAUUGAGCACUGGACCAGCGACCACCUGGAGAUCUUCCAGUAUGUUCACAUCAUCUCUGGGGUCUUCUUCUACCUCAGCUCUGCUGUCAACCCCAUCCUGUACAACCUAAUGUCAACUCGUUUCCGGGAGAUGUUCAGGGAGGUGAUGUGUCGUCGUGUUCAACGCCCAGUGGCCAGGAAGCACUCCCUGAGUGUGACCCGAGUGACUCUGCGCAGCACCCUCUGCGAAAUCCCACCCAGCAAUGGCUUGGCCACCUCCGAAGGGGAGGACGACGAUGUUUAUGUGGACUGCCACCAGGAACAGGAGACCCCUUUAGCCUAA